AUGGCUGGUCCCGGUGGUGGCCCUCCUCGCAAGAGCCACACCAAGUCCCGGUUUGGCUGCAAGACAUGCAAGCGGCGGCACAUUCGAUGUGACGAGACUUUUCCACAAUGUCGGAACUGCACCAAGCACAACUGUCGCUGCGACUACAUGGACGUUGCGACGGUCCACGACGACGCGUCAUCCAUCCGCAACGUGCCCGACCUCCUCAUGUCCGCCGAGAUCGAAAUGGAGGUCAAGAACUGGCAUUUCACGGGCAUCGCCCCGUUUGCCGAGUUGAUGCAGUUCCCACGCACCAGCUGGACCAAGCUGUCACGGGCUGAUCUGCGUUUGAUCCACCACAUUAUCGGACUCUCCAUCGAUCUUCAGCGACGGGGUUUCAGCAGCUGCACCAUCUGGGCGCAGAAGAUGCCCACUUUCCUCGCCAUUGCUCUCUCCAACGACUUUGUGAUGAGUGCGAUCCUGACCAUGUCCGCCUCUCACCUCGCCUGGAUUACCCGGAACCAGGAGACCAAGCAACUCGCAUACCACCACCGUGGAGUCGCCAUUCAGGGACUCCACAAUGCCCUGGGGGCGUUUUCCAGAGACAACUGCGAUGCUAUCCUGGCUGCCUCGAUCAUCCUGUCGUGGCAGGCGUCGGAAUGGCAGAGCUGGGCGUCUUUGCAGCAGGGUCUUACCACUGUCCUGAGUUCUAUGCAUCCCUUGUGGAAGCAGGAAUCCGAGUUGGCCAUGUUCCUGGAGAACCAACGGUAUCUGGGGUGCACCAACACCCCGGUUAUGUCGGGGUACCAGUUCCAGGAUGAAGACCUGGCCAGCCUCGACCAGACCAUCGUGGCCCUCCAACAUCUCCAGAAGCGGGUCACACACCACCAUGAGCACUACCGCCGCAUCGGAGAUCUCCUGGAGUUUGUCCGACACUUUCAGCGAGAUCUCCUCUCCCAGACUCCCGAGCAGGCAUUUGAGCGCAUGCAACCGCUGCGCCAGUGGCUGUUCUGGCUCCCUCCGGCCAUGCUGCGACCCGAAGACGCGGAUAUCGGCUCGCUGGCCGUUUUGGCCCAGUUCUUCGGGGUCGGCGUCGUCCUCGACAGUUUGUUCCCAGACUUGGGAGGUGCCUACCUGGGUCCGCUGUCGAUCGGUCCGAUCGAAGAGAUCUACCGCAUCGUUGUGGCCCGCAGCACGGCCGACCCAUUUCACCCGGAUUCACAGCUGGCGCUCUCCGCCAUGGACCUCCCUCGCCACACCGUUGCCAGAUACAAAAGCCGUCUCCAGUGGUCACCGCGCACUUCCCUCGACCAUUACUCGCCGGCCCCUCCCAGCCCGUACCACAGCCUGCAUGACUACCGGCUCGCCUCAUCCUCCUCCCCGUCCUCAGCAUCGGCCACCUACGCCCCCUACACCCCGCCCCUGCAAUCCCCACCCGAAGUGACGAUCGCCAGCCCCCCGUUUGACGUCAGCGGGGCAUAUGUGACGGCGCCGGCGUCGCAGGCGCUCUACCCGACGUCUCCGCGACUGCUCUCGGACCCUCGUGACGAUCUCUCCGACUACAGCCACGCGGGAUCCUUGCAACACUCACCCGGGUUUCCGCCCCCGUACAUGGGGGAUGUGGUGUGCGGGGGGGUUCCGCGAAUGAACAGCGGCGGCCUGGGGCUAAACGUACAGCUGUACGAGGACCCCCCAGUGGUCGUGGGGGGGUACCAGACUGGUGCCGAGAGGGGUUGGCAUUGA